AAGCAUAAAAAAGGGAAAGGAAUUUAAGAAAGAAAAAUAAUUUCGAGAGAAAACCCAGAAAGCGGAAGGAAGAAACGAAGCCAUAGGCAUAAGUACAGAAGAAAAAUAGAGGGUUCUUACUGUUUCUAUUAAGCAGAUUUCUUCAAGCAAGAUCCCUAGCUUGUCUCUCUUUGUCGGCUUCCGAGGUUGUGAGUUACAGAUAUUUACCCUCCCUCUCUCUGGUGAAAGGUUCAAUCUUAUGAUGGGAAGAGAAGCAGCGAGAACGACAAAAGGGUCACCGGUGGAAUUGAACAGGAGCUUUCAGAAGAUGGCUAUGGCGGGUUCUGGGGUGAUGAAGAUGGAGGGUUUGGCGAUCACGGAGUGGAAAGACAUCCCAGUGGAGCUUCUGAUGAGGAUACUUUCCCUCGUCGAUGAUCGGACGGUGAUAAUGGCUUCUGGUGUUUGCAGCGGUUGGAGAGACGCCAUAUGCUUUGGCCUCACUCAUCUCUGCCUCUCUUGGUGCAAGAACAACAUGAACAAUCUGGUCCUCUCUCUCGCUCCCAAGUUCACAAAGUUGCAGACUUUAAUACUUCGGCAGGACAAACCCCAGCUCGAGGACAAUUCUGUGAAAGCUAUUGCGAAUUACUGCCAUGAGUUGCAGGACCUCGAUCUCAGCAAAAGCUUCAAGCUUUCCGACCGUUCCCUCUAUGCUCUUGCCGAUGGCUGUCCUAACCUUAUGAAACUCAACAUCAGUGGCUGCACUUCGUUCAACGAAGACGGUCUUGCGUAUCUGACCAGUUUCUGCCGGAAGCUCAAAGUUCUGAAUCUUUGCGGAUGUGUGAAAGCUGCUUCAGACAAUGCGCUUCAGGCUAUUGGUCGCAACUGUAACCAGUUACAGUCAUUAAACCUCGGAUGGUGCGAUAAUAUCAGCGAUUCCGGGGUGAUGAGUUUAGCAUACGGUUGCCCGGAUCUCAGGACCUUGGACCUGUGUGGCUGUGUUCUUAUUACAGACGAGAGCGUGGUAGCUCUGGCAAACAGGUGUGUCCAUCUACGUUCUCUCGGGUUGUACUACUGCAGGAACAUCACGGACAGAGCGAUGUACUCGUUGGCUCAGAGCGGCGUAAAAAACAAACCCGAGAUGUGGAAAUUGUCUUCGGUAAAGAGGAGGAAGGGAAAACCCGACGAGGAAGGGCUAAGGAGCCUGAACAUAAGCCAAUGCACCGCCCUCACGCCGUCGGCCGUUCAGGCGGUCUGCGACACUUUCCCGGCCCUCCACACGUGUUCCGGCCGACAUUCCCUCGUCAUGAGCGGCUGUCUUAACUUAACCUCCGUUCACUGCGCCUGCAUCUUCCGCUCUCACCAUGCUUUCCCUCACACCGCUCAUUGAAACAGAUUUCUGGUGGAUAGAUCUUUGAAUGCGAAUGUGUGCGUGUAUAUAUAUGAUUUGAAGGUGGAAAGAAGAGCUUGUCCUUGUUCUUCUUUUUGGUAUUUAUAAAGGCUGGGACUUUGGAGAUAUUCAUGGGAUUUCAGUAAUGUCGUCAGGUGUUGUCUGAAACAGAGCAGGCUGAAACAGGGCACUCUGUUUCUUCUUUCUGUCUUAGUUCAUGUACAUUUCGGACAAGGGAAACACUUCGAACCUUCAGUAAAAACUCAAUCUUUGAGAGCUUAUUUACGUUUUUGCCAUAUUCA